AUGGGUAUGUCUGAGCUGGAAUGGCACUGUCAAAAAUACGUCCGUUUUCCAGAUUUCAGCCUUCAUGUGCGAAUCGACAAUGCAUGCACCAAGGUUCACCUGAAAGAGGUCCGAGAUAUUGACUUUCCCGUACACAAAAGUGUUGAUCUGCUCCUUAUCCAAAAUUACAGGGGGGAGAAAGAGCUGGGACGAAUGUACUUCCUGCCGACAUGGGCUAUGAAUACAAACUUAUCGGAUUUCUGCGUUGCUUCGAGAUACCAUGUCCACCGCCAACUGGCAGAGUUUGUGAUAGGACCGAAUCCGACCUCAACCUGUCAUCUCGCCAUUCAAAAGCUGGUUUCUCUUGCGUACCCUGAUACCAUCGCCCAUCAAUCCCUGAUGAUCUCACCUCACGGAGACGCCAUACCGCCGGAUCCCAAGAGACGCCUCAACUCGAAAUCGUACACGCACAGCUGGAUAUACCACCAUUGCUUCUUGAGUGCCAGCAAUGACCCAGAAACCAUAGCGCAGACGGAAUUCACCCAAGUGUGGCGUACGGUUGGAGAGAUGCACUUUCAUGAGAAACAUAGACCUGGACCGACGUCCAAUGUAAAUCCAGCUGUUGUCAAUGAUGGCUGCCUGGUUGGGUCCGACAACAACUACACGAGGUCGUCUGAUGGCUUAGUGAAGCACACUAUCGACACGCGUAAUAUUCAGGCGCCGCAGAUGGCUAUCGAUUGGUACGAGGAGUUCGCAUGGAGACGUACGCACUGUAUCGAACAUGUUGUAGAAUGGCAUAUAUCAACAGCCGAGAAGGCACUGCGUGUUGCUGUAUCCCAGGAAGUUCGGACUGAGUCAUUCCCGUUUUCGGCGGCUCCAAGCUCCCUCCAAGCGAGACUCGAAUUGAGUACUGGAGAUCCUAAAGUUGACGUUGGUGUCCGACGCGUAUAG